AUGGAUAACUACGAAGUUCGUUUGACGAGCUUCGUCGACCAUGGCUGGGUGCCCCGAGGCCACGCUCAGCCUGAGUCGCUCGCCACGUACGGCUUCUACAUCAACCCUUUUGUUCGGGGCAAUUCUGGCGAACCCAGAGGUGGCACACGUGUUGCCAUGUGCAUUGGUUGCCGGCAAAAAUACGGUGAAGUCAAUUACGACGAUCACUGGAUUGUUUACCAUGACGAGAACUGCCGUUUCCGCGAGGCUGCACUUCGAGAAGACUUGUUUGCUCAAUUUGCAGUGCGACAAGAGCAGAAGCUGCUUGAAAAGAACGAGGUGAUUGACGCAUUUCACGAGUUGAUGAACGCAGUAUCCGAGGAGAUUCAAGCCCUGAAGCGUCAAGUCGAUGCGCUCGAGGCCCAGAAUCAAGUUCUUGAGAAGAAGAUGGAGGAGACGCAAGAAGCCCUCGAGAAGGCGGUGGAAGAGUAUGCCGCCGUCAAAACCGCCCUGCGCGCCGCCCUCGGCCUUUAG